AACACUAAGCGACAGUCAACGAAGCCACAGCCGGUCCCCUGUAACGUCUGUCACACCUAAUGACGCCACGUGUCCGAUGCUAUGGUUGAUGCUCAACCUAUGAUUUGAAGUUUCCCCUAAACCUUCAAAUUCUCAAGGUGUUACCAAGUUUGCUCAUUUACCACGCAACUCUAUCAUUAAUUUUUUAGCUUUCUCUCUGUUUAUCACCGGCUUCUCCGAUUUCCGAUCGCCGGAUAUGGAGUAUUGCCGGCGGCGAGCGUCUCUCACCUUUAUUUUUUUCAUCUACCUCAUCGUUUCAUCUCAGUCCCUCGAGUUUAACAGUUUUCGCAAACGCCACAAAAUCAAUGGCCCGAUCAAGACCGUUGUGGUUGUCGUCAUGGAAAACCGCUCUUUCGAUCACAUCCUUGGCUGGCUCAAGUCAACCCGGCCGAAUAUCGAUGGACUCACCGGGAAAGAGUCAAACCGGGUCAACGUCUCUGACCCCAACUCUGAGGAAGUAUUCGUUUCUGAUGACGCUAUUUUCGUUGACCUCGACCCAGGCCAUUCGUUUCAGGCGAUCCGGGAACAAAUAUUCGGGUCGAAUGAAACCUCCGCCGACGAGGCUCCGAUGAACGGAUUCGUGCAGCAAGCGGAGGGUAUGGACCCUGGGAUGGCGAAAAAUGUCAUGAGCGGGUUCAAACCCUCCCGUGUGCCGGUUUACACUGAGUUAGCUAACGAGUUCGCAAUUUUCGACCGGUGGUUCGCGUCGGUCCCGACUUCGACUCAACCGAACCGGUUCUACGUUCACUCAGCCACGUCACAUGGUGCCAGUAGCAACGUCAGGAAAGACCUAAUCCACGGCUUUCCUCAGAAAACAAUUUUCGACUCACUUGACGAAAAUAACCUCACGUUUGGAAUAUAUUACCAAAACAUCCCCGCCACUCUGUUCUACAAGUCUCUGAGAAAAUUAAAGCACAUCGUAAAAUUCCACGACUACGCGCUUAAGUUCAAGUUGCACGCAAAGCGCGGGAAGCUGCCGAACUACGUAGUGGUGGAGCAGCGUUACUUUGACGUGAACUUGUUUCCAGCGAACGAUGAUCACCCGUCGCACGACGUGGCGGAAGGUCAGAGGUUCGUGAAGGAGGUGUACGAGACACUGAGGAGUAGUCCUCAGUGGAACGAAAUGGCGGUGUUGAUUACGUACGAUGAGCACGGGGGGUUUUACGAUCACGUGCCCACUCCAGUCUCUCACGUGCCUAGCCCCGAUGGAAUUGUUGGACCCGACCCUUUUUACUUCUCGUUUGACCGGUUGGGUGUUCGAGUCCCCACUUUUUUGAUCUCGCCAUGGAUUGAUAAAGGAAUUGUGAUCCAUGAGCCAGAGGGGCCAACACCAUAUUCACAUUAUGAGCAUUCCUCAAUACCUGCAACUGUAAAGAAACUCUUUAACUUAAAAUCCAACUUUUUAACAAAGAGGGAUGCUUGGGCUGGCACCUUUGAGAAGUAUUUUUUCCUCCGGGAUACUCCACGUGAUGAUUGUCCAGUUACCCUGCCAGAGGUGAAGAUGUCACUUAGACCAUGGGGACCAAAGGAAGAUGCAAAACUCUCAGAGUUCCAAGUUGAAUUGAUCCAGCUUGCAUCACAGUUAAAUGGUGAUUACAUCUUGAAAACUUACCCAUAUAUUGGCGAAAGCAUGACAGUGGGUGAAGGCAACAGAUAUGCAGAAGAUGCUGUCAAGAGAUUCCUGGAAGCUGGAAGGGCUGCUUUAAAAGCUGGAGCCAAUGAAUCUGCCAUUGUAACAAUGAGACCUUCCCUCACUAGCCGAUCUACAGGAGGAGGUUACAGCAGCUCUAUGUAAACUUAUUGAUGCUUUCUACUACCACCAUCUGUACAUUCAUAAUUCAUAUCCUGUACUGUUGUAUGUACAUAUAAUAUCUCCACUUUAGCAUAUGCAUCUAGUUACUAUAACUAGCCGUAGCUGGAUUAAAAAUUAUAAGGUAGCGAGAAUGUCAAAGCUCAUGGCACUGUAUCCCUAGUUAUAUUAUGUAAUGGUGGAUGACUUAGGGAGGCUAAUGAAGUUAUGAAUAUUCAGAUCUCA